AUGUGCGGAAAGGAUCGCAACGCCUCGUGCGGCCUGAUUGUUUCCGGAAGGUUCCUUGCUGCUGCUUCCGCCGCCACGCAGCUCACUCCCUUUCAGCUCGCGCGUCAGCCGUCACCCACCGUCGCUCGUCCGUCGUCGCUCACCGUCGCUCGCCCCUCGUCACCCACCGUCGCUCGUCGCUCGUGGCGCGUCCUCCUCCUGCUCCUCGCCCUCUCUCUCGCAACCCGCCUUGCUGCCGCGUCUGGUGCGCACGUGAUUUGGGCUCUUCCCCUCUCCCCUUCCUCUCUCUCCCUUCCUCUCUCCCCUUCCCUUCUCUCUUCCUUCUCUCUCCCCUUUCCUUCUCUCUCCCCUUCCCUUCUCUCUCCCCUUCUCUCUUCCCUUCUCUCUCCCUUCCUUCUCUCUCCCCUCUUUUCUUUCCCUCUCCUCUCUCCACUCUCCCCUCUCCCCUCCCCCUUCUCCCCCUUCCACCCUCCUCUCUUCUCCCUCUUCUCCCCUCCCUUCUCUCCCUUCUCUCCUCUCCGCUCCCCCUCUCUCCGCCUCCUCUCAUCACUCCGCUCCAUUCUCUUUCCUUCUCAUGAGGUUGUUCUCAACGUGCGACUGCUGCCACUGGCUUCCGUGCCGUGCACAUGA